AUGUCGCUAUUAAUCAACACCAGGAACAGGGACAAUACAACUCCGAUACAUGUUCAAAAUAUAGAAAGUUUGAAAUCUCCAUCAUCCAACUCGUCUCUCUCAGCAGUAGAGGAAGUGUGCACCUCCACUUCCACUUCAAACACUACGAUCGGUAGUAGUAACCAUUGCUUGACGGACUCGUCUCAGGCAACUACUCCGAUUGCCACACACACUUCCCCUCUGAAACCACACAUAAACCUGCUUAGAGAUGACCCUAACGAAUUUCUACAAUGUAUCGACCAUAAACCAGUCUCACCGCCUAACUACAACGAAAUGAACCCUAAUAAGAGAAUUAAUUUCCCCAUUUGGGAGCAUACAGCACCAUGUCCCAUCAACGAAUUACCACCAUCAUAUAAGCCAGCUGUGGAAGAAUUGACCAUCGUAUCCAUGAAACUGGAAUGGUUGUCGCCCUAUGACGUGUCCCCCUUACGAACAUGGAAAAAUCUCAUAAUGGAGAUAAAUUCUACGCAAUUAAAUUUUUAUCACAUUGAUGAAUCGUUAACGUCACAUAUUAGAAACUAUUCCAAUGAUUCAUCAUCAUCAUCACCUUCCAAACAGAGGUCAACUUUUUCAUUCGGGAAUAGGACCACCUAUGAGUUCAAUAAAAAUGAUCAAGAACAAAUCGCAUUUAGGAUAAAGAGGAACAAGAAAUUAUACCUAUCUAACGAUAAAUUGUACAAGAGUUACUCUUUACAAUUUGCCAAGUUUGGUCUCCCCAUAGAUUAUAAGAAGAAAACGUAUGUGUUAAGACUCAGGUGCGAGUCAGAACAGUUCCUUUUGAAUUUUGCUCAUGUGGAUGACAUGAUUAUGUGGACCAUGUAUUUAAAUAUGGGAAUUUCUGUAGCUUUGGAUUUGGAAUUAAGAGCUUUACCAGAUUAUAGAACAGUUCCUCGUCGAAGAAGACGCAGGAGAAGGCAUGGAAUGAGACGAGGAACCCAUAGAAGAAGAAGAACGAAUUACAGGAACACUACCCAUCGCGAUGAACAAAGUCUGAUCCCUGAUUUAUUAAACCUGGUAAUAUCGAGCAAUGGUAACAAUAACAACACGCCCUCAGUGGUAACACGCCCUAGAAGUAGCACAUCUGUUUCAAUGCUGGGAAACAAAAACAGCACAUCAAGCUUCAAAUCAAAAUUGAAGAAUUUGUUCGGGUGCCCCUCUAGGACUUCCACACCAAGAGCAAAACCCAGAGCCACUAAGUCAUCGUUAAAUUGUGUCAUGGAAGUUGAAGAUGAAAUGCCUCCAUUUAAUGGUGAAUCAGCUAAGAAUACUUGCCCUGCCGUUGAAGGGUCUACAUGUUUACGAUCCAAGAGAGUAAGAUCGAGUUCUACACCCAAUCUUAUAACACCUCCUCUUUCUCGGAGAACAACAGUUUCUCACGAAAGAGAAUUAAAUGAACUACAUCAGGUAUUGAGAGAAUAUAAUGAAUCAAGUGCAGAUCGUCUUCCUACGAAUGUUGAAGACGAGGAAGCAGAAGACAAUGAAGAAGAAGAAGAUGACGAUGAUGAUGACGACAUUGAUGACGAUGUAAUCUCACACAACUCUGUCUAUGAUGAAGAGGGAAUUUUCCACUAUAAUGAAACUGACGAAUAUGAAUACUCAUACGCACAAAGCAUCACAACAAACUCCACAUCGUAUAGAAGACGCACAUCCUCCCUAAUAAGUACCAUGUCAAGUGUACCCUAUAGUAGUGACGAAAUUAAAUGGACACCACCUCUAAAGAUAACGCCUAGAAGAAAAUACAUACGAAAUUCACUACGUUGUAUAGUACCAUUCAUUGAGGAGACCAAUUGGAUUGAUAAUAUUGUUGUGAAGCCAACAGCUGGACCCAAAUUUAAAACGAAUAAUUCACCCAUUGCAGGAUCCUUAGAUAGUACCUGUACGUCAUACAGGAAAAAAUUGUUGGCUGGUUGUACGUCUGGAUCGGAUUUAAACAGAGUUAAGAACCAUUAUUUGAAAGCUUAUGUGGUUGGUCCAGCAAAAUUUAAAAGAGCUAAUCCUGAAACACUUUGCAAUUGGAACGAAAGGACAAAAAGGGAGGGAAGAUAA